AUGGGUCCCAAGCUAAGUGUUUCCUGUCCCCCCCCCUCAGUGAAAGAGGAGCCGGACGUCGAGGUGCGGAUGGUCAACGGGAAGCCGAAGAAGAUCCGUAAACCUCGGACCAUUUACUCGAGCUACCAGCUGGCCAUGCUGCAGAGACGCUUCCAGAGUGCGCAGUACCUCGCCCUGCCAGAGAGGGCCGAGCUGGCCAAUCAGCUGGGGGUCACUCAGACACAGGUCAAGAUCUGGUUCCAGAACCGUCGCUCCAAGUUCAAAAAGCUCUACAAGAACGGGGAGUUUCCUCUCGGCGACAUGCCUAUUGAACACAGUCCGGACGCCAGUGACUCCAUGGCGUGUAACUCCCCCCCCUCCCCUGCUGUGUGGGACAACAACAACAACAACAACAACAAUGUCGUCGACACAAACGUCGUUGUUGGCGUCAAAAGUAACGCCAUAAUGGAUCCUAGCAGCAGAGUUCAGGAUCGCUUCCAGCCGCCGAUGGAUUCCUCGCCCGCCUGCAUGGGAGAAAUGGGAGAUUUCCCCCCCCAGGACUGGUACCCGCAGCCACAUUUAGGUCUUCCUCCAGUGGGUCCAACAGCUCCUUCAGCAUCACAGAGUCUGGGAGUCUACUGACGGCUGAGAGACUCUUUAUGGACUUUUUGGACCAGAAACAUCCGACAGGGAUCAUCAGACUCGAGUCCUGAUCAUAAAACUGGAUUGGAAAAGUCCCCCCGGCUCUGAAGUCCAUGAACAAAUAGAGACGAGGGUGAUUCCGAUUCCUUAUUUAAAAUCAUUGAUGAUAUUUUGUAUAUUUAAUAUUUUGACCCGGCCUUCUCUUAAUUUGGAAAGAGCUUCUGAUGCAAGAUUUUCCCUUUAAACUUGAAUACUACCGCCAUGUCCCUGGCUAGUACGGCAGAUCUCAAGUUAAGUUUGGCUUUAAAUUGACAGAAAACUGGACUUCAUGUGAUCGGACGGCAUGUUAGUGAACACUGAGAGGCCCAUAACCUUAACAGUAAAACAUCAGGCGAGACCAACAGUGAAAUAUCUGUUUCAAUAACUUCAUUCAAACCACUUUUCCACUAGAGAUAUGGUCCGAGAGAAAGGUCCUUAUAAACAUUAAGAUGUGUUUAUCUAACUUAAGGGCAUUUUAUCUGUCUUUUAAGAAGGGCUGAUCUAACAAUGUGUGCGUAUAAAAGUAAUAAAAGUACACAUUUGUCAGGAAUACAGACUUCUACUAUCUGCUGGUAGCUUUAAGUACAGGGACGAAACCAAAAGGAUGCGCUAACAGAAGCUAAAUCAGCUUUCUAAUCAGUUUUUUCAUAUUAACAAAUGACCUAUGCAAGUUUCUAAGCAGUCGAUUGUUCUGACAGCGCGUUGUUUCGGUUGGUUUUACUUCACCUCGCUCACUGCAUCGACCUCUUUCCCAGCAGAACAACCUGCCACAAGUUUUACUUAAAGAGAUGUUGAAAAAACACAGAGCUAACACGAAAGUUAGUAUUGCAAAUUCAGCAUAUUGACAUGUUGCAAGAAGAGGCAAAAAGGAAACAGCGAGGGCCGACUUUAAGCCUCUCUACAGCUAAUACAUGACUAGAGAGGCUGGAACCCAAAGAUCCCAGAAUGCAAUGCCUUUAAACGCCUGAUCUGACGAACUCCAUGUUGCUAUUGAACGAUGAAAACAACACAACUUAAGAAACGUUGGGAACAACAGUUCAAGCAAAAAGCAGGUUGGUGCUAAAACAUCACAGAAACAAGCGGUAUUAUAUUCUUCAUAAUUGUAUUUGUGCUGUACUCAGGUUGUUUUUAUUUAUAGUGUCAACUGUAGAACCAAAGUGGCACAGCAGUUUGUGCCCGAGGAGCUUUUUUAUUUUACGGUUUCCCAGAAAAUGAU